AAUGUGUGGAGGAGGGAGUGGGGAUGCCUGUAUUAAGUAAUCUUUGGGCUUGGCGCUCUUGACCCCCGCUCUUGCCUUCAGUUCCAUCUUUGCGACUAUAUUAUUAUCAGACUAGGACCAACAGCACAGCUAGCUCUCAUUCGCAUUUCAACCAUUGCACAGAAAGAAAAACAAACAACAGCAACAACAGCAACGAACAGACUAUGGAUAUCAAGGAACUCAAGGACAGCAAAGAGCCGACUACCAGGCGGCGGAAGAAGAAUACGCAGGACCAGCAGCAGCGUUCGACAGCGCUCCAACGGUCGGCGUCGACUUCAUACUCGCAGCAUUCCGAAUCUCAUUCACAAUCCCAAUCACAAUCAUUCUCUCCAUCGCCCUCACCAUCCCAUGCAGAGGCGUCCUACAGUAGCAACAGCAACAGCAGCUGGAGCGAUACGCACUAUGGCAAGAUGGCCAACCGUCAGCUCGGUCGGUCCCUCUACGGGAUAGUCUCCUAUCUCUGGGAUCUGAUUCUCGGCACAGUGAUCAUCCUCCGGCCACUAUUCUCGUUCCUCCUGGCGCUGGUCGUGAUCAUCUUACUCCUCGCAACGCUGACCAGGAGUCUUUCGAUCUUUCGGUCCGAAAUCCAAGCGCGGGUGGUGUGUAAGAUCCCGUUGGUAUCGAGUCUGAUCGACUGUUCGAGAUCAUCAUCGUCUUCGGAUCUCGGUAUGCUGCAUAUCCCGAAUUUUGCAGAGCUCGUGAAUAAGCAGGCGGCGUCGUAUGAGAUGAUCGCGGAUACGUUGAGCGCCCUGAACCCGGGAUUCUUGCCAAAGAACAAGCGCAAGCGGGUGAGGGAUAAGCUUGGGAGAUUGCUUGGACGGAAAAGCAAGCCCAAGGGCAGCAGCGGCAGCUCACGGACACAGGGCGAGAGUGGAUCGGGAGGUUGGGAUCUCAGCGGCAAUACCGCGGGUGAGGAGGGGGAAGGAGACGGGGGGGAGGAAGAGGAAGGUGAAGGUGAGGAAGCGGAUGAUCCGUAUGGAUUAUCGGUGCAUACGCGACAGAGCGGUCCACCCAUGGCGAUGUUGUUGAAGCGGGCGGAACUGGCGGUGGUGGAUUUGAAGGUGUUGGUGAAGCACUCGACGUUGGCGGAGGAGGCGAAGGAGUUGUUGGUGGGACAAUUGCAGGCGUUCCAUACGCGGGCCAAGACGACGACGAGACAGAUGCAGUUCUUACAGGCGCGGGCGAAUGGAUGUGUGGAUGGGUUGGUGAUCCGAAACGUGUACCUGCGGAUUGAAUUGGACCAGUUGGAGAGACAGCAGCGGAGGUUGUUAGGUGGGGGGAGUGAGGAGGGGUUGGGGUUGGGAGUAGGUAGGGUUUGGGAUAGGGUACUGGAUUUCUUUGCGGGCACGCUUGGCAUGGAAAUUGCGGCGAGUGAGAAGAAGCUUCAGCAGCUGUAUGUUUCGACGAUGGAGGAUGCCAGGAACCAUAUCCGGGAUCUUAUCAUGCAAUCGCAGGAAGUCUUACAAAGCCUGGAUAUGUUAGACCAGAUCCUAUCAUCCAUCCACGAAAUCGGAACCCAAGAGCGACGACAGCAGAACCGAGCACACGAAGAGACCCUGGCCAUGUUAUGGUCACGUCUAGGUGGGAACCGUCUCCAACGAACCUUAUACCGGGAGAACCUCGAGUUCCUCCAGGAUCUAGAUGGGCAACGGAAGGCGACGGUGGGGCAGAUCCAGGCAGCACUUUGGAAACUGACGGAAUUCGAGGCGGAGAUUGGGGUUCUGAGGGAAAGGAUCGUAGAUGCAGCGGUGGGGGUUGCAAUGACGGGAGAGGAGGGACCAAAGAUGGUCAGGGCUCCGGAAGAUGGAGGUGGAGAUGGAGGUGGACUAGGGACAGGAGGGGUGUCGACAUUGAGGACACAUAUCGAACAGAUUGAUUUGGUGACGAGCAGGUUGAAGGGCCGGAGCUUCUUGGGGGGUGCGAUGGUCAAGGCGCAGCAGGAGUCAUCUUUGUCGUGAGAGGACAGGGCAGGGCAUGAGUUUCAGGUUCCAUUUCAGUGGUACUUUUUGCGCCACCAAUUAUUAUUUUUGCCUUUGUCUUUGUCCUUUGUCUUUACCUUUGUCUUUGUCA